AUGGCACCUAUUCGCGUAGUGAUUAUAGGACAUUCCUUUAUUCGGCGGUUGCAGGAUUUUAUUGCCCGUAACACUGAGAAUGACAAUUUGAGACUUUAUAGACAUUUAUUUGAUGUACAGUUUCUUAGUGAUGGGGGUUUGACUGUCGAUCGCAUGGCUCACGGACCCAAAUUUACGACAUUUGAUCCGCCUCCCCAGAUAGUUUUUUGCGUGGACCCUGCGGUCCACGCAAUUGGAGGAAAUGACCUAGAUAAUACCCAUCUAGCUGCAGACACCCUGGUGAGGAAAAUCCAGAGUUAUGUAAAUUACUUGGUUCUGGGAUGUGGAGUGCGGCAUGUCGUUAUCGGCCAAAUUCUGCGGCGCAACAGGAGGGGCGAUUACAACUCCCGGGUCGUCGAAGCUAAUUGCCGUCUACAGAACUGGGCAUCCUCCCUCGACAAUAUCACCUUUCACCAUCACCAUGGUUUCUGGAAGGACUUAUCAUUCCUAAGUACAGAUGGCGUACACAUCAGGUGUUCCCGCAUCGACAGCAGCCAGAUGAGGAAAUACCUUCAAAGCGUAAAGAGGGCCGUCUUGCGAGCUUCUCGCUCCAUUUGGUAA